GAUCGAAUCGAAAACGAGUCGUCCGUUUCUCCGCGCGCGAACAGGCGUAGAUAUGUACGGGCAAACAACACAUCUUCGCGUGGUCGACGAUGAAGAACCGUCCUGGUGGGAGGGCAAAACUCUCUCUCUAGAGCUCACAGCUGAUCAUUAAAGCUACCGUUGGCACAGUCAAACUUUCACGCUCGGCGAUACCGCGAACUUCGCUUUGCGAGCGAGCUAGUAUAUGCAUCAAGAGACCUGCCGAUAUUUCAAGGUCCGCGCUUCCGUCCGCGAAGCGAGACGAUGCGCGAGCGUGCGGGAUGGAAAGGAUCGUGACUGGAAAAAAUUGAGCGGGAAUAGAUACACGAGUACGACAGAAAUCAACCCCGUGGUGAUAAAUUUCUUCUGCUCCGAAAUUGGAGUUCUACACUCUUCCCUUGCUUGCGCCGACGGUUUUUGUGCAGCGAAGUAUAUUAAAUCGAAUUCGAUGAUUUCAGACAGCUCGGAGAGAGAGAGAGAGAGAUCCUUUUUUGUGUGCAACGUGUGUGGGUGGGUGUGGUUCUCGUUGAAUUGCAAAUUUUACGAGAGCGGGUUUGAUCAAUUAUUCGCGGAUAGAAUCAAGGGUAUAAUUUGCGGGAAUAUUAAUAUUUGAAUAUACAAAAGUGUGGACUCUCUGGCUCCGUUUACAAAUUACAGAUCGAGGAGGAGAAAUUAACUGGACCUCAAUUUAAAAGGUAUUCCGAGAGAAAGAGAGAGACGGAUUCGCUUAUUUGCAUAGUGUAAUUUCACGCGUGCCAAGAAAUAUCUCAAUCGCGAAAGUUUUGAAUGAAGCGAAGAUGAUAGACGAGAGGUCGCAGAAGGCGGGAAGCUAGCUCGAAUAUUUUCAAGAUCGAAUUAUCACGACGGGCGAUCGCGCUUAUACAUACGAGGCGUGCGUUAUUAGUGAAAGUCUGCGUACAGUUUGAAGAUCAGGACUGGCGUCGCCGUGGAAUCGCCGUGAAAGGGGUAAAGAAGGUCAGAGGAAAGGAAGGAUUAAAGAGUUCUCUGCGCCUUCGGUCCCCGGAGAAAGGAACGGAGCAAAUUGAGCGAAAAUCGGCGGAGCCGAUAUAUCUCGAUGCGGAUGUUCAUUCUUUCGAGUUUCAACACGCGCGAAUCGGUCGGUUUCGCGCAUAUCUCGAGAGAGCCCACUCCUCCUCGAAUAUAGUGUAUACUAGACCGGAAGAAGAAGUUCGAGAGCACUCUCUGGACGAGGAGAUACGCGAAGCUUCACCGAAGCUUCUCCUCGAGAGCUAUCCGGCGCAAAAAGAUUUUCCGGAAGAAGUAUUAGAUCGAAGAAGUUUAGAAUCGGAUAUCUCUUGUAAGAGCGUGACUUUGUAGUGUCGCGUACUGGGGAAAUAAAAAGUCGCGGCGCAAAAACACGGAUAGCCGAUGAUAAAUGGAGAGAUUUGUCACCGUUGCUUUUUUUUUUGUAAAUUGACGAUAUUUUAAACGCGCCGUGAGAAUUGGAAAAAGAGAGAAGAGAAAUAUUGAUGUUGUCUGAUUGUAAAACAUAUAUAUGUAUGUACACAUACAGAUCAAAGUGUGCGGUAAAGAUACAAAGUGCAGUGAAAAGCAAGUCUUAAACUGGAUACCUUCGUGUGCGGUUUUUCCAGCUUUUAAGUCGAAAUAGAGAGACUAGAAAAAACACGAUACAUGUUUAUAGAAAACAAAUUGAUUCAAGUGGAUUUAAUAAUUGAAUAACUUUCGAUUUUGCUUUGUGCUGUAUAAAUUAGAAUUUCGACAUUGAAAUGAAUAUCAAAAAGGUGUAAGUAAGAGUUUAAUAAAUUCUCCAGAAAGCUCGUUGGUCAUCUGUCAGCAUUUGUAUAAAGAUACUAAAAACAACGCGAAUCUCUGUUACAUAAUUAAUUUACCAAUCUACAUAAUCAAAACUCGUUUACAUAGAAAUUUAUGCAUCGGGGAAGAAAGCGAGAUCGAUGGAAAGGCUGACGAGAUAGUUUCCGAGUUACACAAUCGACAAAUUCUCUUCCCUCUCUCAACCAAGAGGAGAGAGAGAGAAAGAGAGAUAUUAGGAAACUUUAUAUUUACGAUCAAUCUUUCAUUCGGGAGAGUCAAAAGAAUCCAUUUAUCGAAUAGAACCUUGCAGUGCAGAGAUCCUCGCAAAAGAUCCCGGCAGUAAACUUGGCGUAUAAAGCGAGAUGGCAUCUUUGAAGCCAUUCGCGCAUGCCGGAAGCGAAUAAGAAUUGAAAGGAACCAGUAAAGCGCGCGUGGCGUUGCGAUUCCGCCAUAGACAUUCAAAUUUCAGGCCGAAAGAUUCUUUUUUUUCCACGGUGCAUUAGAAUGACAAUGCGCUUCCUAGCUUGAUGAGGCCACUUGUUUACAACGCGAGAGAGAAAGAGUGAGAGAGAGAGAGACCGCAAACUAUUAUACACCGGCGCGUUUCGAGGGAGAAAGAGACAAGAGUGAAUUCCCGAAACGCGCGCAAGAAUAAGAAGGCGAAGGAUGCGCGCAACAUCAGUCGCAGAGACGAUCGGCGAUCGGGCGAGACAUCGCGACGCGACGACCACGAAAGGAUCGCGAUUAAUCGAUACCGCGAGCCGGACCGCGUAGGAGGACCGUCCGCUCCUCAUCUGUCACCUGUCAUCGAUCAGCUGAUCGCGAACUGACAGAUCAUCCCUCACCGGCCGCUCGACUUCAUCGACGAUCCAGCGAAAGGAUAUGGAUGUGUCCGCGAUUACGGACCUCUGCGAGAUCGUCCUUCUCCGCUGAGAAGGUGUCGCGAUUAUCCUCGCGCGGGAAUCUGAGAAAAGUGACAAGGAAAGAGCGAGAGAGCGCCGAUAAGCGAGACAAUCCGCAAAGAUGACGGGUCGCGUCGCUCUCCUUCUAGGCACCAUCUCGAUGCUGAUCGGGCCCCUGCUAGGAUACAACGUCCUGCUGGCCACCAUGGGUGGUACCAAGUCACACACGGUGCCCUUCGUCGCCCUUGGUACGAGUCUGAGCUCGCGGGGCCACAACGUCACGCUGCUGAGCGCUUUCUCCGGUCCCGCGGCGAAUAAUGGCCUUCACGAGCUGGUGCCGUCGAUCCUCGAGGCAUACGUCGAGAACUUCACGUCCGAGUGGGACCUGAUGGGCGCCAGAUUCCGGAACGAGCUGCCGAUCUCGCCGUGGGACGCCAUGAGGUACGGCUGGGAGUCCUGCGAGGCGUUGCUGCGAGACGCGGCUUCGACAGCCGGUCUGAGAAAGCCGGACGGGAAUCCGCGAGCGCGAUGGGACGUUGCGGUCGUCGACGGCGCCUUUCCCGAGUGCCUGUUGGGGAUCCUUCACGGCGAGAAUGUGCCGACGAUAAUGCUCAACACGGUGGCACUUUACAGCGGUUCCAUUAUGCGACAAGGCAAUCCGUCACCCUGGUCGGUGACGCCGUAUUUCGGCAAAGCGAUUACGCAAGACAUGAACUUUUUCCAAAGGGUCCAAAACGUGGCGGCACAAUUCACUCUGAAAAUUAUGCACUGGAUCACAGUUUCCAUUUAUCUUCGGCCGACUCUUCACAAGUAUCUCGGUGAUCAUAUACCCGACGAUCUGUACAGUUUAACGGCGGAGGUCCCUCUGACUUUGCAAAACAGCCACUACGUCGUGGCCGAUUCCGUGCCCUACUUGUCAAACGUCGUGAACGUCGCUUGCCUUCAUUGUAGACCGGCGAUGCAAUUAAAUCCCGAUUUGGAGUCCUUUCUGCGACGUGGUUUCGUGUUCGUCUCCAUGGGAUCGUCGGUGCAGGCUUCCGGAAUGCCGGAAGCUCUACGGCAAAUCUUCGUCGCGGUUUUCUCCGCGCUACCGUACAACGUCAUCUGGAAGUGGGAGGGUGCCAAGAUCAAAGAUCUACCGGCAAACGUGAGAACGGCUGCCUGGUGGCCGCAGCAGGAGCUCCUCGGACAUCCCAAACUGCGGGCCUUCGUUUCCCACGGCGGUCUCUUAUCCCUUCAUGAAGCAGCUUAUCACGGCGCACCGACCCUGGUUCUGCCUGUCUUCUGCGAUCACGAUGGAAACGCGGCGCAGGCUGAUAAAUUGGGGUACGCUUUGGUAAUGGAUUUGGCUGGCAUAUCCAUUAGUACACUUCACGAAGGUAUACUCGAAGUCGCCGCACUCCACAACAAUUCUUAUCGAGAGGUAGCUAAGAAGAGAAGCGCGUUGCUACGCGAUCUUCCGAUUGAUUCCAGAGAAUUGGCCACGUGGUGGGUAGAACACGUCGCCAAGCAUGGAGGAGCCGAUCAUUUGAAGAGCUCGAUCAGACACAUGAGCACGAUCCAUUAUUACAGUAUGGACGUCGCAGUAUUUUACAUAUCGAGUUUAAUCCUAAUAAUUUACGGACUCAAGAAAUUGUGCUGGCGAGCAGUAAUCAGUCAGGACGUCUUCAAGAAGAAAGUAGACUGACAAUGAGAGCUAUAAUUUCGUGGGAAAUCUCCCGUCAAAUUUAUUUUAUUUAUUAUAUAGGCUAUACAAUCUUUUAAUUAAUAUUAAAUAAUUUAAUUAAUUAUAUUGAAUAUGUUUAAUUGGGAUAAAGUGGGAUCCAUAGAAGAGAGAGAUUCGUUCGGCACGCGCAAACUUUUUUUAAAGAUCUCUAAUAUAUUUUUAAGACAGCCUAAUUAUAAGUUAUAUUUGUAAUUAAUAUAAUAAACUUGUUUAAUUUGUAUACAUCUCUCUCGUAUCUGUCUCUCUCUGUUUACGUAAGUACAUUUAAAAAUUUAUAGAUACGAGAGGUAAGAUACUUUUAUAUCUAGUAUAUUGACGUAUGUUGUAUAUAUUUCUUCUCAUUACGAAAUGUUUUAAUUGCUGAUAUAACAGGAUUUUACCGGGAGAUGUUAUAACUGUGUAGCGACUAAAUGACAGCUGUUAUAGCAGCAAUCGUGAAACUGCGCUUUCUACAUUAUCCACAUUUUUAAAUAAGUAACAUAAUAAAUUUCGUUUAUUGUUAUAAUAGUUUACUUACAAAUUUAGAAAUAAUCGAUAUUUUUAUAUUUAUGAUUUGUGUGUGUAUAUGUUAC